AGUGAUAAUAGUGAUGAAGCUGAGAUAAAUGACGAAGAUUCUUCUUCUGAUUCAGAAGAAAAUUCUAAAUCAGAUGAAGACCUUGAGUCCGAAGAAGAAAUCGUCUCCGAAGAAAAUGAAUGGGCUGAGAAACAACCGUUAGAAAAGGACGAGGUGGACGAGUUGGAAAGAACACUCCCUGUGCAUAUUCGUUGUGCAAGUCAUACACUCAACCUUGUAGCAAUAACUGAUGCAAUGGUAUCCAUCAAGUCUUCCAAAAGCUUAGAAAUGAGUUAUAAUAAAAUGAUCGAGCGAUGCACAUCAUUAAGGAAACCAUUAUCUGCGCCUAAAAAGUGGGAGAAUGUUAAGGAAAUUCUUGGAAAAAGUCCCAAACGUCCUGUCCCUACGCGAUGGAACUCUUUAUACGAUGCACUUAUCCAAUUCAUGGAAGAAUAUUGCCGUUGCCUUCAGCCGAUUGCUCAAGCUAUUGACGUUCUGCAAGGUGAUCAGACUGCUUCCUAUGGACAUCUACUACCUACGCUUAUCAUAACUCGAAAAAAACUGUUGGCCUGUAAGGAUUUGAGGUUCCACUAUUGUCAGAAAUUGAUUUCUGGAUUAGUUGGAGCCGUAGAAAAACGUUUCAAAAAUAUUUUUGAUGUGGUAAAUGAAGGAAAAACAGCCGCAGUGGCUGCAGCCUCACAUCCAAUGUUUAAGCUUCGGUGGUUAAGUCAUUUAAGUAAGGAAGCACAAGACAACGUAAUGAAAGCAAUACAAGAUGCUAUUAUCAGCUUUCCUGAAACUCCUGACAAUCAACCUCAACAACUUGAAACAUCAUCAACAGAUGAUUUUUUUAAUUUUGAAGACGAUCUUUCGAUAACUGCAGCUAGUACUUCUGUAAUUACAAAUCCGUCACCCGCAUUCAGUACAUCGCCUAAUUCUUCUGCUGCAUCUAGUCCAUUCACUACACCUAGUUCUCCAACACCAAAACCAUUUAGGACAACUGUUCAAGAA